GAUCUACAUUGUGACACUCAGACUUCUUUUCUCUUGCUUUGGAUUUUUAUUACGCAUCAGCAACAUGUGUAAAGGGCUUGCUGCUCUUCCUGCAACAUGCUUGAAAAGUGCCAAAGAUAUAAAACAUAAGAUUGGCUUCCUGCUUCAAAAGCCAGAUCCACCCCAAGAGCAAAAGACUCUGAAGGAAAAAGAGAAGGAGAAAGACAAGGAGAAGGUGAAGGACACUGUGGUCAACAGAAUCACUCCUGCCGAAACUGAGAAAUGGAAAACAUCAUUUACCAACCUGAUCAAAAACGACGACGGUCGCAAGGCUUUCGCAUCCUUCCUACAGUCCGAAUACAGUCAAGAGAACAUUGAAUUCUGGGUAGCCUGUGAGGAUUUCAAGCAGACGCCAGCAGACAAGAUGAACCUGAAAGCCAGAAAUAUAUUUGAGCGAUACAUUGAGGCCGAUUCCCCCCGUGAGGUCAAUCUGGAUUCAGUCACCAGGGAGCAGACCAGAAAGAACCUGGAAAUGUGUGAUGUUUCAUGUUUUGACGAAGCUCAGAGUAAAAUCUUCACUCUUAUGGAAAAAGACUCGUAUCGGCGAUUCCUGAGAUCCAGAUUGUUCCUGGAACUGUCUCAACCUGCGAUGGACAACAAACCCUGUGGUUUAGAGAAGAAAGUAAAGCGACAGAUUUCUGACUACAGUCAGUGUUUGCCUAGUUAUGCCUAAACAGAGCCGUCUGCUCCUACAUGAACAAAAGUACACUAUGAACUGUGGCGUAUUGUGACCACCACUCAUCGGGCUGUGUAAAAUGAAUGACGUUUAAUGCGAAACACUGCAGUUGAAUUAGCUACAAUUAAUAGUUGUCAUUAUACUUAUCCAGUUGAUAAAGUUGACCUUUUUUUUGUUUUAAAUUAUGUUUGAACGAGGAAGUACGUAUUUUGGAUGCGAGGACAAAAUUUGGAAAGUUGGAUGAUCUUUGACUUUAGAUUAGGUUUUUACUUACAUUUUUUAUCAUUCUAUAAUUACAAAAAUAUUGCAAGCUGCCAAAAAUAUAUUAAUUGAUUAAAUCAAAUUAUUUUUUGUGGAAUUAAACGGAUAUGAUGAGUCAUUUUAUGUACGGUAUACAAAUCCAAAAAACUUCAGAACAUAGUCCUGCAUAAAACUUUAAAGAUUGAAGUAAAUGGAAAUUUAUGGCUUAGUGUGAGAGAAUGUUGUAAAGAUGGCUUUUAAAAAGCAUUUUGUAAUUGAAAUCUACAGACACGCAAUUAUAAAGUGUGUCAAAAAACAAACCAAAAAGCUUAUGGAACUCCUGCUUUAAAUUUAUUCACCUUUAAGAGGUUGCAAACCUUAAAGAGUUUCUUUUUUUCUGCAGUUUUUUUGAAAAAAGGUAGAAACUGGUGACUGUUUAUAUAUAAAUACCAAAAGUCAAUAGUUACAGGUUUUCAACAUUUUUCAACAUAACUUACAAAAGCACAAAAAGAAACUUAAACAGGUUUGUGACAAGUGCAGGCUUAGAAAAUGAUGACAGAUCUUUCUGUUUGGGGUGAAAUAUCCCUUUGUCUCAUCCAUUUUUGGUGUUUUUUUUUACAUUAGAAUGAAGAAAAACUUCAUGAAAAGCCAAAAAGCCCAAUAGCUGCAGUGUCUCGUCUUAAGACUACAUAAGAGGAUUUGUGUGCCAGAGCCAAUUAGACUUCAUUUGAUGUUUCAGCCAUCAUGAUCGUAAAACAUUUGCUUUUUAAACCCUUUCAAAUCCCCAAAGCUAUUAAAAAAUGUGUAUCAAAUCGCCUCUUGAGUAAGACGUCAUCUUCUAUACGGGAUUUGUGGAAGCGAUGUUUUCACCAGCAACAUAACCCGCAUCUACCCAGUCAAGCUGCAUUGAACUGGUUUUGGGAAAACAACGCCUGACGUAGUUUACAACUAAAUGACUGUUACAGCUUUGUUCGAUGCUAUGAUGAGAAUAGGAACAUCAUUAACAAUAAUCAACUGUAUCCUCUUUACUCUUGUAACGUUAUGUAAUGCAUAUAUAUAUUUAUAUGUGUUUGUAUAAGCUCUUCUAAGGUGAUCGAUCACCCAAAAAUGAAAAUUUACUCACCAUUCUCUCAACCUCAAGUGAGUUUACAACUUCAUAAAGAGUUUCUUUCUUCUGUUGAAGGCAAAACAACUUUUUUGAGGAAUGCUAGGAAGUCAGAAGUCAAUGACAACUAUAGUUUUCAACAUUCUUCAAAAUGUCUUAUUUUGUGUUCUAUAGAAGAGAGAAACUAUGUGGAAGAUGAUGACAGUAUUUUCAUUUUUGGUUGACUGUCUCUUUUAUUCUAAAGGUGAAGUACACAUUCUUUCUACUCAAAAUGUGAACUUGCGUUUUGUUUUUCUGUUGGCCAUCCAUCAUAAUCCACCAAAUGACAAGUGAAUGUGAUAAAUGUGCAUGUGCAAUGUAUACAACCUGUCACUAGCAGUAAUUCACAAAUCGUGCUGUACCUGUAUAAUGAAACUGUGUGUUGGCAGAUUUAACAUAUCAAACUACAGAUGCUCCGGUUCAAAUAAAUGGCCAAACAUGUGAGUUGUUUACAUAUUUGUUUACUAUUUCCAUAUUUAUUUUUGUCAUAUUUGUGAAUAAAAUCACACAUACUAUUUAA